GCAACGUUAGGAUGAUUAAUUCAACGCACAUUUUAUGAUCUCAGAGACUCGGAGGGAAAGAUAACAAAUUGGAAGCACGACAACUGAGUACAGAACGCCGAGUGAUUAACAAGCAUUGUACGUGCACGCCGAGCCAGUUCGAUGAUUCGGGGCCAUAGUUUUCCAUGGCAAGUCUGGGGUUCUCAAUAGAGUGAAUAGACAGAGGGCACCGUCUUGGGAUCAUGAUCCUACAUCUACUCAUCUUUUGCUUUUGUCUUGAGCGAUGCUACACUUUAAAUGAAGGUUCCAUGCCAAUGCCUCUUGGAUUUUGGCCGCUUGAUUCCGCUUUCCAAACGAAGGACAUUUCAGGUUACGAGAAUCACGGAAUCACGGCCUGUGAGACCAACGGUUCAAUCCCACCGGGUUUUACUCAAAAUCCCUUAUUUAUCACGUCAUCUUGCUAUGUCCAGAUUCCCAAUAAUGGACAGUUAACCAUUAACGGUUCAUUUACGUUCCUUUUCGUCAUGCGGGCGAACGACCCUGUAGCCGCAUCUUCCAUUAUAACCUAUACAAACGAACUUGGAAGCAAGGAUGGUUUCUUUAUUACUAAAUCCAGCAAUUAUUAUUUGGUAUAUUUCAAUGGGUACACAGUGGCUCAAAUUCUUAUAACGAGUAUCAUCGAUAUGCAAUGGCUGGCGUUUGCCGUAACCUAUAAUAGUUCAACCGGGUAUUUGAAAUUAAAAACUCUGCAUCUGAAGACUUCUGAAACGUUAGACGACUGGGUGGACACAUAUAUUUUAAAUGUGGGCUCCAGAAGGCCAGCGACGAACUAUCCAUAUUUGUGGAUAGGUGGUGAAUUCAACAGUGUUUCCUUAUACCCUCUGCCUCCAUUCGUCGGGGAUUUUACAUGCCUCCAAGUGUAUAAUUACGAACUGACAGAAAUUGAACUGGUCACUGCUUUGAGCUAUUGUGAUGACGCUAGUAAUGUCACCUUUCCAAAUGGUAAUGAAGACCAUACAGGUCUUUCAAGUGAUACAGUGACUGUGGAAACAAUUGUUACAGACACAGAUGUGAUUGCAACGGAAUCAUAUUAUGAAACAACAGUGACGCUCACAAGCCUGGCUACCUCUACGAUGGUUUCAGGCUCUUUUACUGAAACCACUGAGGUAUUGUUGACAUUGUCAUCUUCAUCAGAAACGCCGUUUCACAAUUCCGCCGAAACACAAGCUUCAACUUGGAUAGAAGCCACAUCUGGAACUGAAACGUCAACUAGAACAGAGAGUGGAGCAGAAAUAGAAACUACAAACGCUAUUAGCUCCCCUUCUUCCGCACCAACACCUGAAACACCCAACAUUUCGGAUUCACCGGUCGUGACAGCGACUUAUGAAGCUCUGUGCGUGGUGGUCCCAGUUGUGGGGAACGCAACAGCAGCUGGGACCUCUCUGAUUUCUCCUUAUAUCGACGUGUCCAUCACAUACGUGUGCGACGACGGCCAUCGGUUCCCCGGUGGACAGAGGUCAGCCACAACACGCUGUACUGGUGUCGGCUGGAGGCCCGUUUUGCCCGACUGUGAAGUCAGAUGCUUGGAACCCAGAAAAAUUCAGAAUGCAGUCUUUGUGUCAAACUGCACGGAUUACAUCUACGACUGUCGUCUGCUCUACACCUGCGUGAAUGGCACGUUUUUCCCAGAUGGCGCCACAGAACGCACAGUGCGAUGUACAGAAAAAGGGGUCUGGAGUGCGCACCAUUUGAGUUCGUGUACAGAUACUCAAAUCGAUUCAGUAACCCCCAGACCCCCGGGCUACCGUAAAGUCCCCCUGGAGGCCCCGCUGAGAGUCCUGAUACCCUGCGGGACAUUCGCGAUCUUGGUUAUAUCUUCCAUAGUCGGUGGAAUAUUUCUCAGCGAUAUUCCAACAUUGUACAAGCACUCCAGGAUAAUAAGGCGGUGGAUUCGAAGAAAAUGCUGCGGAAAAAAACAAGUGAUGCAGCAAGUCCCAGGGUCGCCCCUUGAACCACGUUUAAGAACUGGGCAUAACACUAGACGAGCUUUACAGCAGAAGGAUUUGCGGGAGUAGAAGUAUCCAGCCAUCAGCGAAUACAAAACCAUGUUAAUCUUAUUUUCAUUUCAAUCAAAGGAUAUUAUUAACAUAGCUUGAGCACGUACUGUGGUAAAGGCCGAUACAGAUGAGGUGGCAAGUCCGAAAUGCGCUUCAGGAAAUACUGGAAAAACAGUAUCUGCAAGAAAUCGCAAAACUAAACGGAACAGUCUUCACAAGAGUGAACGAUCACAAGCUCUUAUAGUAACUGCAGUGGAGUUGAACUCUCGAGCCGAAAGCACACAGAGUACAAAAAUAACUCUGAAAUUUUGUCUCCAUUACACACGUUCACGGGGUUUAGAAACAUUUGAUAGUUCUCGAUAGUAUCAAGUCCACCGCCUAAAACGCACUUAAAUAAAGAACAGCUCCCGUAGUCACAGGCACGUCAACAUGCUGAUAACAGGGCAAAUGAAAA